AUGACUUCUCCGGAGCUGGAAAGCCGAAAUGUCGCGUUAUCUGUGAGAAAGUCAGUGGAAAAUUUAGUAGUAUCCUCUCAAGAUGCAAUAGGCCAGAGUAUUAGUCAAGCACUUAGCUUUUCAGGAAUAAGCAACAGUCAAGUACAAGAAACGAGAAACUUGUCACGUUCACCUUCGCCGUCGUUGCGACUCACCGAGUGCAGGGAGAAUUAUGAAAAUGAUAAUGAUGGGAAGAGUGACACAUCCGUCACGGUGUCGAGCGGCGCCGCUGGUGACGUAUCGGCCGGUGUCGAUGUGGCGCUGGUCGCUUCACUCAAACCAGAAUUUAACAAGCAGCUUUCAAAUCCCGGAUCGCGUAGUUCGGACGGCAGCGGUCGCGCCAAGAAGAAAAGUUGGUACAAUUCUCUUUACCCCACAUACAAGACGAAGUCAGAAGACUUCAAGCGACUGUUUAAGGAUCUACCAGACGACGAGAGGCUCAUAGUAGAUUACUCCUGCGCUAUACAACGCGACAUCCUCGCCCACGGGCGUCUGUACGCGUCGCAGAGCUACCUGUGCUUCUACGCUAAUAUCUUCGGCUGGGAAACCUCGAUGACGCUCCGGUGGAAAGACGUCACCGCCAUCACUAAGGAGAAGACUGCACUCGUCAUACCCAACGCGAUACUAGUGUGCACCGAAAGUGAGAAGAAUUUCCUCACGUCAUUCUCCGGUCGGGACAAAGCUUAUUUGAUGCUGUUUCGGAUUUGGCAGAAUGCGCUGAUGGACCAACCUAUGACUACCAACGAGAUCUGGCAAUGGGUGCACACCUGCUACGGGCAGGAGUUGGGCUUCGAUUCUGACGACGAAGGAUACACUCGCGAAACGGACGACGCGCCGCAGCUACCUGACACGUCGGAGGAAGCAGUGGAUGCGUCGUCUAUUGAGCAAGAUGGUCGAGAAGGUCGAGACACGAGAGGGAUAUCACCGCCCCUGCUAAAUGGCGACGGUGACAUGGUGGGCGUAGACCGAGAUCGGGAAGCGGACACUUUACCCACGGACAUGUCGGAUACUAGCGAGAGUGAACCGGAUCGGCAACACAAUAAUACCGAGGACUUAUCGUGCACGUCUCCGCACGAGGGUAAAGUGUUGCUCCAAGGCGCGUACCCCUUCAACAUUGACCAACUCUUCACCAUGAUAUUUACCAACUCGCGCUUCCACUUGGAACUGUUGGCAUUGAGGGGAGCGUCUGAUUACGUACAGGCCCCAUGGCGGCGACAGAACGGCGUUAAGUGUCGCCAAGUGAGCUAUAGGUUGAGCCUCACUUCUGGGCCUAUAGGCCCCAAGGAGGUGCACGUCAGUGAGACGCAGACAAUGAACAAAUGCUCGAAGCCCGGUUACCUGUACUCAAUCAAUUGCUCGAGCGAGAACUCUGGCAUCCCCUACGCAGACUACUUCAGCGUGGAGGCGCACUACUGCCUGCAGCGCUCCUCGGACACGGUCACGCAGCUCACCUUGUACGGCUGGGUCAACUACAAGAAGAGCAUGUGGCCCAUGGUUAAAGCCUUUCUAGAGAAGAACACGAUGAACGGUUUGGAGGAGUUCUCGCGAAUGCUUGAAAGCCAGUUGCGAGCGCAACUCGCGCCCGCUGCGCCGGCAGCACGAAUCAGGAGGCGGAGACGCCAUGACGUAACGUCGUCUCCCCUGUCGCCCGUGGUGUCGAGCACCGUGCCCUUGUCCAACGCUCUGCCCGUUCGCCAAGCCGCGCCCUCCCGCUCCGUUCCGUGGUUGUUGGCGGCCUUGGUGAUGUUGCUGGCCAUCAACGCGCUGCUCUACUGGAAUCUGUACUACGCGGAUAGGAGAAUCGACUUUGACGACUUGCAAACUAGGUUAAGCUCGGCGCGGACCUCACAGACCGCAGAAUGGUCAGCCCAACUGGCCAGGCACACCCUGCGGCAACGACACCAGUUGCUGGCGUGGCGAGACGCGCUCUCCAGGACCGUCGCACAUCUAACUCAGACCGAGCAAGCGCUGUCCAAGCUGUUGGAAACAAUCAAACCGGUCCUGGAGAAAGCUGAAGGUGAUGAUCAGACACACAAGGAACUCUAA